CGGUUUGCCCUUACUUUAAACGUUCAAUCAUUAUUUGGCCUGGCACCAUUCCGAUUUAAUAGAAAAACAAAUGAAUUCGAACCAAGUUUAUCAAAUUUAGUUCAAUCGAUUCUCGCUUACUUGCUAAUAUCCAUCGGUGCAACAGUUUUAACUGUAAAGUAUCGGUACGGUGACGGCGAAACGAGUCUGGAAAACACUGCCAAUGUGUCCUUGUUUGGCCAAGACAUUGUUCUGCUCAUUGCAUACAAUGGAGCGAUGAUAAAAUGGUUACUCCUACGAAAUGAUCACAUCCAAUUUUUGAACAAAAUCAAUGAAAUGGGCGAAAAACUGAGAGUCAAAUUAAAAGUGGACGGAGUAACACCGCCGGCUACGUAUUACAAAUGGGGUUGUUUCGCUCAAAUUGGGAUAAUCGUUUUCUGCAUGUUCUUAAUAGCAAACGACAUAUUCAAAGAACUACACUUCGAGCGUUUCACAUGGUUAAACUGCAUUCAGAGCAUUUUAUUCGGAAGCGCUAUCACCGUUCAAAUAUUGAUCAUUUUUUACAUUGGCUUCUUAGCGGCAGCGUUAGGCCAAUACUUCGAUGUGGUCUUAAAUAGGCUUUCGCAUGUCAGAGACAUACAGUUCACGCUACAGAAACGUGUGCUGAACAGGGUCCUGUUACUUGGUAUCAAUCUGUUCGACGAAUUACUUUGCUUAAAAGAAGAUUUUAAGAAAUUAUUCGACCAUCUGUUGUUGUUGAUGUUUUCGUUUGCAUUUGUUAACCUAACGAUCUCAGUCUAUUUCGUAUUGUCGUACUCGGGGAACAACAUUUUUUCGAUAGCGUCUGCAUACCUUUUUUCAGUGUUCAUAUUGCCGCAUGCAUUGCUGUUUGUGUUCCUCAUACAUUUUAUCCACAAAUUAGGGGAUGUGGUUACCCGAAUGAGUGCUACAGUAAACGAGCUUUGCGAUUUUACGACAAUCGAAAUCAAACCGUUUCUAAACUCGUAUCUCUUAAACAUCAACUACAUGGAACAGACGAAAUAUAUUACGGUGGCAGAUAUCUUUACGAUUGACUACUCCUUACUGUAUAAGAUGUUUGCUGCAAUAGUUACCUACAUGGUUCUUUUACUCCAGUUCAGACAGCUGGAACAAAUAAAUGAUGUCAAAGAUACCACUAAUGUACGAGCUACGUGGAUAAAGUAAUAAGAACAUGUACCAAUAAUUGAUCAUAAUUGAUCAAUAACGCCUCGACAGUCUAAAUCUAAUGUCGCUGUUUUCACGUUUGUUUGUCAAUAUCUACUUAAAUACAGCAAUUAUUGACAUUUUUUGUCUCUAAAUUAUCCGAUGCUUAUAUUGCGAUCAUUAGAAUUGUUAAACUGUAUUUAAGACGUAAAGCCUAAUAAGCUUGUCAACAAAUAAAUUGCGCUAAACAC